AUAGUGUCGCUAUCAAACUCUGAAAUUACGUUACAAAGCUGCGUUCUAACACUGUCUAUGACUACUCCUUUUUUAUUAUUUUUCUUACGCUAUGUUAACUUUUUAGAAAUAUCUUCAAACCUCCAAUUCUUUAUUGACCAAAUGUGUGUGGAAGAAAGCUUAUUACAAGAAUUGGUCGAAAUACAAAUUUUAACGAAAUAUAUCAAUGAUGGGGGUCAAGUGUUCGAUAUUUUCCUU